UGCUGUGCUGGGUGCGCAUCUCCGCGCCGUGGAGUUAGUUUGCCUGCCCCCGGCGCCGCGUGCACAACAGGACCGUCCGCCACCCCUGGAGCAGAUCGCUCCCCUCUGUAACCCGCCGCCAUCAUCAGCACUACGCCCGGGCCGACUAAUUAUUCACCUGCCCUCGGCGCAUUACAACUGCUAAAUAACGGAUUUCAACCACCUGUCCAUGCAGGCCAGGCCUCAUCUCCGGCUAAGCAGGCCCCUAGUCUCCCGGAAGCAGAGGCCAUUUUCCCCCUCCCGUGCCGCUCGUAGUUAACUUUUUUUAAAGCCUGCUAGCGUUUACGUUGGCGUGCAAGUCCCCCCACAACGGUGGUUCAGCUGCCACCUUAGCAGGGCCUAGCGGCCUCCUCCCGCCGUAUUCCCCUUCGCCAGAGCCCAGGCCUGCUGCAUUUGUCACGUCCUGCCCUUUUUCCUCUUUUCCUACUUACCACCACGCUUGUCAUUCGUUUUGAUCUUGUAAUUUUUACGGUUUACCCAAGGAUAUUGCGACGACUACUCGAAUAACCGAAAAUCAUGCGAAUUGAAUAAUCUGUCGAUACAUCCCUUCUUCUCAGCACCUCGCUCCGGCGCCGACGCCAUGUUCGAUGUCAACGGCGUGCCUGUGGCCGUGCCGCCUCCCUCAGGCUACACGGUCAACUUUGAACACCCGCAGCGACAAUGCGUCCUGGAAUCGUACAUUAUCGCCGGUAUUGGCAUGGGUGUCGCCUCUUUUUUUAUGUUUCAACGCUUCUACGUGCACUAUCAUUUACGCAACAACCUUAGCUUCGACGACUUGCUCUUGUUAAUCGCCUGGGCUGGAUCUAUUACUAUUCAAGCUCUUAUUAUUCACGCUUUCAAAGAACGAAUCAUGGGAAUUCAUGCCUGGGAAAUACCAUACAACUCGUUUAAACAGUUUGCUAUUAUCGGUGGCUACACGACUUCCGUCAUCUACACGAUUCCAACCACGUUAUCAAAGGUUGUUAUUCUUUUAUUUUAUCGCAAGCUCGAAAGCCCACACAUAUGGUACCGAUGGGCUGUGAAUAUCGUCAUAUUUGUGGUAGCCGCAUCUGGGUUCUCCAUCCUAUUCAGCUCGCUCUUCCCUUGCCAACCUGUGGCCAAAUCCUGGGACAUUGAUCUGGCAGAGGCACCAGGCUAUUGCAUCGAUCGAAAAUCAAUGUAUGAAGCGACUGCCGCCCUGGGAGUCAUUACGGAUUUUCUUAUAAUCCUUAUUCCGAUACCCAUGGUUAUAUCUCUACGGCUGUCGCUCAAGAAGCGACUCGGGCUUCUUGUCAUUUUUGCCGUUGGCUCAGCCACUGUUGUUACAUCUAUAGUCCGACUAGCCUUGCUCAUAUCCCUCUUGAGCGAUGCCGAUCAGACAUGGGGUGGUGGCCCUGUGUGCAUGUGGAUGUACGUAUCCGGACUCCCAUUUAACCUGUCGCAAAACUAACUUUAGUAGUUGCGUCGAAGCAAAUCUUCUUAUAAUCUGCGCGUCGCAAUUCACAAUCCGGCACUUCUUUGCAGCCGUCCUGCCGCGCCGGUUUGCAGGCAAUAGUAUCCCGUCUAUUAAGCGCUCUAUGACACCCUCCUCUGGUAACCAUGAGCUACGCACCUUUGGAGUUUCGGGCUCAAGUAAGCGUUAUUAUAGUCGCUUCGAUGAGACCGAUAUAUGCACCGAUACCAUCAUCAACGUUCAAGGCUUACCGCCAGUCGAGGCACCACCAUCGGACGUAGAAAACGGCAGCACGGUUGCAGGUGGAAUUAUACAGACCAAGGAGACGGUCGUCUUCUACGAAUCUACGUAGCUGCUGCGGCUGGACCGCAGGGUUGGCUCUCAAGCGCGGCCAUCGCAUGAUGGCGAUGGCGCAGCUUGGGCCCAUUCAUGAGAAGAGAUGACUUCAUGUAUUAUACUAGAUACCCCAUACAAGGCUAGAUAGAGGCAUGAUUGACCGCCUUCAGUAGGCGCGAACAUGCCACAUAAUGUUGUGUUUCAUGCAAGCUGGCGUUUGAUUAAUUAAUUUUUUUUAUUUGCUUUGAAUUCAAUAAUACGCGCUGCGCCUUUGUUACCAUAACCGUCUAUCGUACUUGUUCCAUUUCUGGCCUGCGCUGUUCCAAGCGUUUUCUAGGCUUCGACUCGUUCUUCUCUGCUGUUGCACUGGGCUUCCCAACUACGUCCUCAACAGCUGGUGCGACAGCCUUUGUCUCCUGAACGGGCUUAACAAUAGCCUCUCUGGCGUGGCGGAGGUCACCAGCAGAGAGUCUAAGGUCGCUGCUAUAAGGCUCAAACUUGGUAACAACCGCCUCAAGACCCUCUCGGAAGGCAGCGAUGACUUCGUCUACCUCAGGGCAGUCCCUCGAGCCCGUGGUAUCUGUCCAAUGGAAGGGGAAUCGGGCCUUGAGAGCCUCUGUUUUGGUAAUCAGGGUUGUCAAUGUACGGACAAUCGUUGCCACGUCUCUGUGAACAUGCCCAAACUGAUCUUCAGCCAAGCUAUGAAUGGCAAGGUUGGCCAAGGCACUGCUUGCGUAUGCAUACAGCGUCGGUUCCGCAAAUGGGCCUCCCAGGACAGCCGCCGCAAAUUCAGUUCGGAAUCGUCUCUGAAGCAGACCGCCAAAUGAGUCCAUUUUGAGGAGGCCAGAUGCUGCAGCCUCGAACUUUUGCUUCAGAUGUUCGGGUGAUAUGGAAUCCUGUUGCGUCUGCGUCAAGACAUGGUCCUUGGCGUUCUUCCAAGUUCUCUUCGCAAUAGGGCUGAGAUCUGACAUGGGAGACUUGCCAGGACUACGGGCAAUUGAGUUCCAAGUAUUCUCUGCGGCGGUCUUUGUUCCAGGCAUCUUGCUGAAAAUGUCACCCUCCUUGAGGGGUGCUGACGUCUUCUGCUUUUGCUCGAUGCUGACUGGCAUGGGGCCUGGUGCUGCGACGGGCUUCCCAUACGAAUCAAUACGAUCCUCCAUGUUCUUCAGCACCGACAUGCAAAUUCCGUAGAUCUGCGACCACAUAGGCCCAUCCUUGCGGUCAAUGUCGGUAAAAAUGGCUUGGCGCCGGACUUCGACGUCGCGGGCAAUGAUGGAAAGCUCCCACAUAGCAAAGCACUAGAACAUGUUAAUAUAUAAAUGUCAAAUAGUCUCCGAUAAUCUUACCUGAAUGGAGAGCUUCUUGCUCUUGAGACCAUUGAGCAAGCUGCCGUUGGGGUCCUUUGAUUCAGAGGUCAGGGGCUUGCCGUUCUUCAAUGGCGGCCUGGCCAUAAAGACUGAAAACGCAGUAUUGCCGGUGGCCCAAAUGAAGUUGAGCAUAGUACCGGCAAACAAGCAUCGUAAAAGGAGAAAGACGUCAACUGGUCUGGAGGCGGGCAAAAGGUUGGCCUUGGGUAGAUUGUAAAAUGGACGAAGCCACAUUAGAGCCCAGGACCACGCAAAAGAGCGAAAAAUGAAGAAGUACAAAAACAAUCCAACGACCAGUGACGCUGCGGACUGCUUCAGACAUCCAGCAAGGACCGUAGGGAGUCGAUCGAGGGCAGCGUUUAGAGGCUUCGAGCCAGUGGCUUUAGAUCCUUUGUCACUACCCAUGGUGAAAACUAAACGAUCGAGGUCAUAGCGGUAGUGGGCUAUCGUUUGUACUAGUGCGCAGGACAAAAGAUAAUAUGUCAAGAAGAGCGGUCGUUCGUUGAGCUUGGCGCGGUCGCCGCUGAGGUAGACGAUCCAUCGGAGGCUGGCGUUGUCGUCUGUGGACCAGAGGUAGAUGGGACCAAAGAUGCUGCUAGACAGGCCAUACCAAAACAGUGUCUCGUACGUCUUGACGCUUAAAAGGGCCGAUUGGAGAGUCUGAAUUCCGGCUUCCGUCUGAAGCCCAGCAUGGUAAUGUGCAAUUCGGAGGACGAGUGUCGAGAGGCCGCACGCAAAGA